AUUCAUCUGUGAAACAAAGAGGGGAAGUAGGGUUUCGCGUGACAUUUGGGAACUUUCUCUAAUCUGCUUAGGGCGACUGCGACUGCGACUGUGACAACACCACUGUUUCUGAUUCCUCCGUUUGUUGUCUCUCCCUCUCUCUCUCUGAGUCUCCUCCUCCGGGAUCCCUAAGUAAUUCAAGAUGGCCACGGCCUCCUCCAACCCCUGUCACCCUGAUUGCGAACGAGCAAUGAAGGCGCAAGAAGAUUACGAUGCGUCUCAAUCUGCGGCUUUGGUAGCAGCGGAACUGAUAAGCUGUGCACGGCUUAAAGUUAAACUCGACACUGAGUUAACUCGCUACUCAGCUCAGUUCUUGGUGGAUAACGCUUGUCCCAAGAAGGAAGACGGGCAACGCUCUGUGCUCACUGUGAAAGAUGCCCUUGCUUUUGCUUUGAAAGAAGGGAUUCCCAAAGAAGGUCUUUGGCCACCUUUGGGGUGUUUGGUUCCGCCUCCACCAUCAUCUGCUUCUCACAUACCUCGCGUUUCCUUGAAAGGAAAAGUUGCUGAAGCUAAUGAUUUAGUUGGACUAGUUAAUCUUCUGUUGUUGCAUGGUCAACCUGUGGGAGGAAAACUGCAUAUGUGGAGUCCGGAGAUUGAUUCUUAUGUCAAUGAAAAUUUCCAAGCCCCACCUGGUUAUGAAUCACGGUAUGUUGGGCUUAGAGAUGUGAUUAUAGUUGCAGUGGGGAUGGUCGAGGAAGAGAUUGUUGCAACUGUGAAGAUAUGGUACAAGAAGAAGACUGCACUUAUCAAAGUGUCUUACAGCGAAAUGCUUACGUUUCCACAAUGUAUUGGUGACACCAUUCAGGUGAUAGGGCCAACAAAACUGCUUGUUGACUUCUGUGUCCCGUUCUUAU